CCUAUAUGUUGGGGGUUUGGGGAAGGAGUGGACCACCACCAACGGAGAAGUGCUGAAUGACAAUCCUGAGUGGGUAAAAGUGGUGGGAUUCCACGGAGAUGUACAAGCACCAGAACUGGGUUCCUAAGUAUAACGCUCUCCGCAGCGCUGCAGGCAUCAGCCCACCUGGGUACCUCAUACACGAGUCUGCAGCUUGGAGCGACACAUUACAACGCUGGUUCUUCCUGCCACGACGUGCUAGCAGCGAGCGAUAUGAUGAGACAGCAGAUGAGCGGCGGGGCACCAAUCUAAUGCUCAGCUGCUCGCCAGACUUCCAGGACAUUAAAGUGAGAAACGUUGGGCCCCUGAACCCUAUGCAUGGCUUUUCAUCCUUUAAGUUUGUCCCCGACACAGAUGAUCAGAUUAUUGUUGCUCUAAAGUCUGAGGAGGAUGCAGGAAAAAAAUUGUCACUUACAUUGUGGCGUUCACCCUGGACGGCCGAAUCCUGCUUCCUGAAACUAAGAUUGGCGACGUGAAGUAUGAGGGACUUGAAUUAAUUUAGUGUCAAAGGGAUUGUAUGAAGGUAAAUACAUGCCAAGGACUAGUAAAUACCUUCUUCUAGAUGAUGUACAUCUAGAUGUGGACAUUGAGGUGUCUUUAUGUUGAAAUAGUUGAAUGAUGUUCAAAUAAUGCCAACUGGCUAUUGGCAGCCAUUGCCUAAAAUGUGGCUGUGGUUCUAGAGAGUAAAGAAACUAGUACAUGUUAAACCUUUAUUUUGAGAGACUUAUCAGAGCCUUCAUCAAAAAAA